AUCAAAUUGUUGACUGUGAUGGCUAAUUUGUUUAUUCUCCAACUGUAAAGGAAAGUCGUUCUCUGAAUUGGUUUGUGUAUAAAGAGAAAUACACCAGAUUGUCAAAUGGCUUCCACCUUUCAUAAAAGUGUUACAAGAACACCAGCUUCCAUCUCUGUAAUGCUGUGUGUCUUAACACUUAACUUGGCCAUUACAACUGACGCACAAGAGAUGAUUGAUUCUCAUCCUGUUGACCCCUGCUUCAAUGCAUGGAGAGCCACUAACAGACUUACACCCACAUGUGUGACAGGUCUGUCACCUGGAGCGGCUGGUAUCGUCUCUUCCUUUACGGCUUUAGUGUUCAGAUCCCAGACACGUGUGUUGAGAAGUAUCGCUGUAGCACUCGUGUCCCACUGUGGAUACGUGGUGGACACCCAAAAGUUGAGGAUGGAGUCGUCACUCGAGAUGUCUGCGGUCACGCUAACAAUUACUGCUGCUAUUUCGGGUCUUUUCCCAUUAAAGUUAAAGCCUGUCCAGGCAAUUACUAUGUCUAUGAGCUGGUUAUACCAACUGACUGCAAUUUUGCAUACUGUGCAGAAGUUAACAGCAUCAACACCAGCUCUGCAGCUGUCAUACCAGCGCCCAUCUCAACUGAUUUUCGUUCUGCUGAUCCCUGCUACAGCUACACUGUGCUGGAUGAUCCAUGGAGAGCCAACAGCAGACAAUAUUACAACUACUACUACUACUACUACUACAACUACAAUUACUACUGUCACCACUACUACAAGUGUGACACCAAUGUCAUUUGGAGCGGCUGGUAUCGUCUCUUCAUUAAUGGCCUGAGUGCUCACAUCCCAGACACAUGUGUUGCUCAGUAUAGCUGUGGAACUGAUGUCCCACUGUGGAUACGUGGUGGACACCCAACAGUUGAGGAUGGAGUCGUCACUCGAGAUGUCUGUGGUCACAAUAACAAUUACUGCUGCUAUUACGGGUCUUAUCCCAUUAAAGUCAAAGCCUGUCCAGGCAAUUAUUAUGUCUAUGAGCUGGUUAGUCCACCUUACUGCUGUUCAACAUACUGUGCAGACACUGGCAGCGUUAACACCAGCUCUACAUCUGUGACACCAGUGACCAUCUCAACUGUGCUGACCCAUUUGUUUAAGACACUGGCAUGUUCAGGGAAAGGACACAUUGGCUAUGCACCAUUAUGA